UAACAGUUUUAAUAUAAAAUUUGAACGUCCGAUUUGUAUCAAUAUUGAAUUAUAUAAAUUACUCAAUCAUAUCAAACAUAGUUUUGUAACUGGUAAUUCGAGCUUGUAUAUUUUCCUUAGUGCUUUUACAGUUUAUAUCUAAUACUUCCAUUUUAACUGGGGAUAACGCCAUUUGCUAAACAAACAGUGUAUUAAUGUGGUGUUAUCAAGAAUGGUAAGUUAUCGUAUUUCCAAAUUGAAGCAGUAAAAAAAUAUUUUUCUUUAAAAAAAUAAUAGAUUGUUCAUUAUCAUUGGGCUGCUUCUGUUGUAUUCAACUUAAUUGCAAAUACGACUUAUUAAAUAGGCUGUCUUAUGUAUGAUUUUCUCUGAUGUUUACAAGUCCAGAAUUUACAUUUUAAAAAAUGUCACUACCUACAAAAGUGUCAAUGUUUAAAAUGUAAGACACUAUGUUUCCCAGUACAGUUGAAUGCCAUUUAAAGCUUAAGUAGAGAAAUAGAUUUAAAACUUUUUUAAACAUUCGAUCAAGCCAACACAGCACGUAACCUUGACUACUUCGAAAUGUCUUGCGAGACUUAGAAUGACCUGUUUACACCGACAGCGUAGCUCAUUCGUAAGACUUGUACAAUGGAAAUAAGCAACUCUAAUAAAACCAAACCGGAAUACAAACAUGCUCUUGAAUUUGCUACGGAUCCGCCUCUCACAGAAGCGCUCGCUCAUCUGUGGGCGGCUGUUCAGAAACUCGGUGAAGAAUCUGUAAAAUGUAUAGAGGAAAAAAAAUCGUUAACGAGCGUGAUGGACAAUUACAGGCAAUUAAUGCCAGAAAUCAAACAAUCUAUUUUAUUGGAGCAAAACACAGUGGAAAAUCUAAAAGAAGAAUUAAGCUCUGCGCAUCGUAUGUUGGACGCUUCUAAUCUUCGAGAACAAAUAAUUCAAGAAUCCAACGAUAAUUUACUGGCACAAAUAAAGACCUUAAAAACCGAACUGGAUUCCAAAACUAAACAAAUGGAAGAGGAAAGCUUGUUUUCUUCUAUGGGUCAAGGUGAUACGAGCCAAUUAGAGUUGACUAGAACAAAGCGAGAACUGACUAAAAUAGACAUGGAGAACAAGCGUCUAGAUAAUCUCUGUGAGUCGUUGAAAAAAGAGCUAGACAGUGCCGAGUAUAAUGUCAGAGAUCUGGAAGCCGAUUUAGCUGCUCAAAGUAACAAUCUAGUGAAAGAAAUAAAAACAAAAGAAAAAUUAGAGGACCGAAUAAAAACUGACAGUGAUCAAAUGGAAAAAAUAAAAACUGAACUUGGUACCAUCAAGAAUAAUUUCAAAAAGGCUGAAUCCAAUAUAGAAAAACUUAACGAAACAUUAAAAGACCUAAAAAUCACAAAUAACAACUUAAACACAAAAAAUACGUCGUACGAUAAACAAAUAAAGAAAUUAACUAGAGAAUUAAAAAUUAAAACUGAACUGAGGGCCGAGAGCGUUAAAGAAAUAAAUAGACUUCAAGAUAAAAUAAAUUAUCAAGAAAAUGAAUUAUUAAGAGUUCAAUCCGAACUAACACGUUUGAUUGCUACUCAUGAAACAUCAGUCAGAAAGCGACAAGAAGUCGUGGAGGAGGUUGAAAAAAUUUCUGAGGAAAAAAAAAACUCUGAAAAUGAUGUUGCUACUUUGGAACGUAACUUAAAUGCAUUACAAGAAGAUAAUAUCAAACUUAAAAAAGUAUUGGAAUUAACAGAAAGAGAAAAGAAAUUGCUAGAAAAAAAUAUGACAAAAGUUAAUGAACAAAUAAACGCAUACAUCGAAAAAAUGAAUAUAAAAGAGUCAGCAUUUCGAGUUUUAGAACUAGAAUUUAGCAACGCACAAAAAUAUAUUGAUAAAUUAAAUUUAGAUAUAAUUACAAUGAAAAAAAAUAAAGAAAAGUUACACCAUGAAAUAAUAAAUUUGAAGCACAAAAUUCACGAAGAUUCGGUGACAUUAAAUCACAAAGAAGUGGAAGUACAAGAAUUAAAAAAAGAGGUAAACAAAUGGAGUGACAAGUUUAAAGAGCAAGAUCACGACCUACACACUAUAAAAACUGAAAGAAAUCUGUUUUCUAAAAAUCUCACUGAAGCUAAGGAUGAAAUGGAAGACAUAAAAAACAAAAUAAAAAUGAUUUCACAGCAACUCGAACAACAAAAGGAAUACGUCGCGUACAAAGAAGUGCAAUUGACGAAAAACGAUACAGUAUUAAAACAAACCGAAAAGGAACUUCAGAAAUGUCAACAAGAAAUCGACGAGUACGAGACCCGAGUGGAAGGAAUGUCAAAUGUAUUAAAGAAGAAAAAUGAAGACGAAAAGUCGAUGAUAAUGACAUUGAAAUUAUUACAGAAAAAAAUAGAAAAACUUCAGAAACAGAAUGAUGAAGGUAACAAAGACAAAAACAAACUCAUAAAUCAAAUGAAUAAACGCAACGAGGAGCUAUUAAAACAGAAAGAUGCUAAUGACAUAUUAAGAACAACAUUAGGCAAGGGUGAAGUGGAAUAUAAUAAAAGGAUUGACGAUAUUAGAUUGCUGAAAUCGGAAGUAAAGAGUUUGAGCGUUCAGAAAAACUUGUUGAUGAAAAACCUAUCAGAAAUAGAUGACAUAAGAGUCGAAGUACUUAAAUAUGAGCAAAAACUGAACCGAGAACGUUUGAAAUGCCGGGCUCUAGAAGACAUGUUAAUCAAACCCACAAACGUACACCGUUGGAGAAUAUUAAAAAACACUGAUCCACCGGCUUACGAGACGGCUGCCAAAGUGAAAAUCCUUCAAAAACGGUUACUCGAACAAUGCACCAGAGUAUUCGACAAGGAUUUGCAAGUCCAAGAGAUGCAGACUAGGUACGAAAAACUGAAAGACGAAUUCAUUAAGCUACCAGGCAGAGAUAUAUUCAGAGAGAUGAACGAUAUCAAAAGAACUCUAUUAAAAAAAGACGACAAAAUGAGGAGCUUAUCCGGAGAGUUAAUUAUCAGUCAACAGACAACAAAAGAGUGCAUGUUUGACUUGGAGAGAACGAAGAAAGACUUAAACGAAUUUAAAAACAAAUAUUAUGAACUGAAACGCGUUGUGACAAAAAUCAAACUUAAAAACCAAAACUCUGCUGCAGCAUUAACUAAACCAGAAUCAACUCCUAUGAGUUAUAGCAAUUUUUUAGAUAUGACUAUAUAAUAAGCACUUCUAUUUGAACCUCAAUUUUUUUAAAUAAUAAUUAUGAUAAGUUUUUUACAUCGAAAAUCAAUUUUAGUGUAUUAUAAUAAGCAAGUGUUUUUCUCAACACUUUGUGUUUGCCAAAUUAUUAUAAGCAACUAAUUAGACAACUUUUUAUUUAACUCGGAAAAAUAAUUUCCAUUACUAAGACUCUAAUAUUAUACUGUGAAAUACUUUUUUCAACACUUAUUAUCAACAUCACAAAAUCUAUAUUAAGCUCACAUUUAUGAAAGUGUAAAUCAAGUGCCAUGGAGAUACUUGAUUGGUGGCUUGUUGAAAAGAGGACAUCCGUCAACGAAACUUUGGGCAGUAGCAAGUUGAAUUAUUAUUCAAUUAAAAAUGUAUGGCAUCAAUUGCGUUUAAGACGCCUUAAAGGGUGACUAGAGAAAGUCUAUGAAAUAUAGAUACAUUUUGAAAACUAUGAAUUUUUAGCUUCUAGCAGUUACAAAGCUGAUUAGUACAAUUAUUAUUAUAAACCUACAUACUAUUGUUCUUCUCUAUGUAUAACCCUUGAGAAUUUUUUUUGUUAUUACUUAUUAAUGUAAACAUUAGAUCUGUUCAAAAUAUAUUAUCACAAGGAGUAUAGCC